AUGGUGUUGUAUCAGACCUGCUUUGCAGCCAGCACUCAUUCGAAAGAUAUCUUUUCCAGAUACAGCAAACAGGCAAACCAAGAAGGCAAAAGGAGGGAUGGAGAAAGUUGUGGGACAUUUACUUUUCUGUCAUCUGCUAUUGCUGCCGUAAGUGGACUUCUGAUGGGUUAUGAGUUGGGACUUAUCUCUGGAGCUCUUCUUCAGAUGAGCAAUAUACUAGCACUCUCUUGCAAAGAACAGGAAAUAGUUGUAAGUUCCCUCCUUUUUGGGGCCUUAUUUGCAUCUCUUACUGGUGGAUUCCUGAUAGACCGAUUUGGAAGGAGAUUUGCCAUUAUUAUUGCAUCUUCAUUGCUUGUUUUGGGCAGUCUGAUCUUAUUGCCCUAUGAAUCAUACRGAAUACUUAUUGUGGGACGGAUUGCCAUAGGUAUUUCCAUAUCGUUAUCAUCAAUUGCUACAUGUGUAUAUAUUGCUGAGAUCGCCCCACAGCACAGAAGAGGCCUCCUCGUGUCUUUAAAUGAACUCAUGAUUGUGAUAGGCAUACUUUUUGCCUAUAUUUCAAAUUAUGCAUUUGCCAGUGUAUCUCAUGGCUGGAAGUAUAUGUUUGGCCUUGUGAUUCCAUUCGGUGCCUUGCAAGCUAUUGCCAUGUAUUUCCUUCCUCCAAGCCCUCGGUUUCUUGUUAUGAAAAAUAACGAUGAAGCUGCAAGAAAGGUCCUGGAGAGGCUACGGGAAACUUCAGAUGCUACCAAAGAACUUAGUGUGAUCAAGUCUUCCUUGAAAGAUGAGCACCAGUAUAGUUUCUUGGACCUGUUUCGUUCAAAAAACAACAUGAGGGCCCGAAUGCUGGUAGGACUUACUCUAGUCUUCUUUGUGCAAACAACAGGACAACCCAACAUUUUAUUUUAUGCAUCCACUGUUUUGAAGUCAGUUGGGUUUCAAAGCAAUGAAGCUGCUAGUUUGGCUUCUACUGGAGUUGGAGUUGUCAAAGUGGUCAGCACAGUCCCAGCCACAAUUUUUGUUGAUCAAGUUGGAAGUAAAACGUUUCUCUGCAUUGGCUCAUCUGUUAUGGCAGUAUCACUGGUCACCAUGGGGUUAGUGAACCGCAACAUACAUGUGAACGUCACCAGUGUCUGUAAAAGUCAAUCUCUGGAGGAUUCCCUUCUGCAUAGACCAGGAAACCUGAGCAGCCACACCAACGACAGCAUCAAGGACCUCUUCAUUAGUAUGGUUUCACAAGAAAAAGUGUCAAUCAACACACAGAGAAAACAUGGCAUUGCCGGGAGAGAACAGAACAGAACUGCUCUGCUGGGAGGCAAAAGCACUACAGGAUCAUACAUGGAAAGCGAGGAAGUUCCUGUUGUCUUAAAAUGGCUMUCACUGGCCAGCCUGCUUGCUUAUGUUGCUGCAUUUUCCAUAGGUCUUGGACCAAUGUCUUGGCUGGUCCUGAGUGAAAUUUUCCCUGGUGGGAUCAGAGGACGGGCCAUGGCUUUGACAUCUAGCAUGAACUGGGGUAUUAAUCUGGUCAUCUCCUUGACAUUUUUGACUGUAACUGACCUUAUUGGCUUGUCCUGGGUGUGUUUCAUUUACACAAUAAUGAGCCUGGCGUCCCUGGCUUUUGUUAUUGUAUUUAUACCAGAGACGAAAGGAUGCUCUUUGGAGCAAAUAUCCAUGGAACUAGCUAAACAGAAAUACGUGAAGACGCCCUUGUGCUGGGUGAACCAGUGCAGAGAGAAACUGGUGCCAUUGGGAGCUGCCCAGAGGGAGAAGGAGCAGUUCUACUAGAGCCGAGGGUGGCCAAGGCGGCCUGCGCACACAGACUGGUGCAAAAAAUGUUCAGUGAUGCUCACACUGUGAUGGGACACUCACUACCUUUAUUAUGCACAAGAUAUUCCCCCUAUCAUUCUUUAGUAGAGCUUCUUCCGGGGCAGUUUACAGACAAUAUUAAACAUUGUUGUAGUUUUUAAAAACUUACUAGAACAGCAGGCUCAGUCUAUUUUUAAGCCAGAAUCUCUCACCUCCCAUGAAUUUACUCACCUCUYAAAAACAGGCGGUGAAUGGAGACCAGAAAUCUGUCCCCUAGUUUAGUUACCCUUAUUCAGACAAGAGUUCUUACUGGAAGAGGGGGAACAAGAACUACUGGGAUGCCAAGGAGAAUGAAAAGCACGUCUCUCAGCAGGGGACUGGAGAAGAGAGAUCUUUUUAGCCUAGGAAAAAAGGAGUCUGAAAGGGUGAACAGCUCUUUAAGUCAUUAGGGAAAUCAACACCAUGGAGAAAAAAAUAGACAACCAUGGAAGAUACAGGUUGAUAGUAGCACAGAACAACUGGCUAUGAACCAUUUAUGAAUGAAUGGAUUUAGACUUGAACUUAACAAGACAAAGCGUCUUACUAGAACUUGAAUAGUUUUAAUACAGAGCAUGUUCAGUUUACAAAAGGAAAUUUUACAUGUGAUUUCCUGAGAUGCCAGGGGUCAGGAGUCAGUGACCUAGGUUAUACUCCAAAGAUAUCAAACAGUCAAUUUUUUGAAUGUGGGAACAGUCACAUCAUCAGCUAUUUUAGCCUGAGGGUAGCCCUACAGAAGAGGAGAUAAGAUUUCUUUGGCUUCCCCAUCCAGCAAAUUUGGAAGCUGGAACAACCGGAGUUGACUUCAAAAUAAUUUUAUUGCUCAACAUAGGCCACACCAGACUUUGAAUUCUGGAUUCAGAAAGUAAGAUUUACAUGASACAGGACAGUGCAAAGGAAUUUCUGAAACAUUUAAUCAUUGCAAGACAUAGCUAAAUGACUCUAAGUGACUCUGGGUAUUGCUUAGCAAGUGUGUCCCAAACACUUAACAAGCCUCUAUAAAGGGUUGUCUU